AUGACGAACAUGACGAAGCACUUCGAGCAGCGCAAGGUGGUUCACGAACAGGUCUUGAACAUGGUCCGCAGCAAGCUCGACGAGUCCCCCUUCAAGGAUGGCGAAACGGGCGGGCCGUACUCUGCUCGCGACAUCGGUCGCCUGAAGGCGCUUGACGAUGCGGUGCGGGGCAUCGACGCAGGCGAGAGGGAGUGGGCCACCGUGCUCACGAAGAACAUCGCCAACCUCCGCAGGCUGAGGUCCAGCCCAUGGCACGAGGUGUCGUUGCUCUUGAAACUGGUUGUAGUUGAUGUGGGCGGCGACGACGGCGACGACAUAGAGGGCGGUGACAACGUCAACACCUUCGACGGAUCGGUGCUGGGCGCUCGUCUAGGCCUGGACGUUGCCGACCAGCUCGAGGAGAUGGGGAUCUACGACGCCAGCUCCAUGAGCCUUGAGGAUACGCGCGAGCUGAUCGAACUGGCCACGGAACAGCUGGAGAGCGAGGAAAAGGAGGCGGCGGCGAAGGUCGGCGGGGCAGGCGCGAAGGAGGAACCCGACGUUGGCUACACGUCACGCGCUCUUCCCGCCGUCGCCGCCGUGGUAUCCAAGGUCGCCCCUGCCGUCUUGAAGGGCGCGCCAAAGCUCGCGAGCCUCAGCAAGCUUACCAAGCUGGGCGGAAAGAGUGGGAUCAAGAACAUGGGCAACAAACUGAACGCAAUGGUUUCCAACGGAGGUGGAGGUGGUGGCGGCGGCGGCGGCGGCGGCGUCUCCGGAGCCCUGGACAACGCCAGCGGCGUCAUCGACUCGGGAAACAAAGUUCUCUCCGGGCUCGUGACUGGGAUCGAGACGGUCGGAAAGAUCAGCAGCCUCCUCACCCCCGACGUCGAGAAAGCAGUUGAGUCCAUCCAGCUCGAGCAAGCCCGCGCACAGGCUAGGAUCGACAGCGCCCGCGAGGACCUCGAGAGAGUUAGCCUCGAGGGAACCAACGAGGAGGCGCUUGAGGAGGUGCGGACGGCCCUCGACAAGGCGAUCGCUGCGGUGUCUCCCACCGACGGGUUCCUGGCCCCGAUCGCCCCUGGCAGCGCCGAGUCACUGCAAGCUGCUCUUCAGGGCCAGAGGCUCACCCUUGGUGAAGACAACUUCGGCACCGGGUCUUACGCCUCAAACGAAGAGCUGGUCGCCAAGGCAUCCGGGGGCGCUGCGUUGUACGGGAUGAAUUUCUUCCCCACGACGGACGACAUUGUGUCGAAGCCCUACACUCCCAUCCUAGCCGCCCCUUCGUACGUGGAAAUGCAUGACACACAAGGGAUGCGUGACAUCCGGUGCCCCAUGAAGUCGUUCCGUAUCCCGAUGGCAAGGAUGGUCCUAUCAGAGGACGCGUUCAAGACAGCCCUGGAGGUGGACAGCAUCCGCGAUGCCAACGAGUUCCUGGACGCAUUCGGAUCCCACGUUUCCAACGGGCGUCAAGAGGUACUACAGGAAGUUAGAAGGUUGUGAGCGGGCCCUCCCGGAUGCCCCGGCAACGUAUGACCCUCAACAGGCAAAGCUUUGUGCUUUUCACUCGUCGAUGCCAACGUACCCGAGGUGUAGUCGGCUUCCCUCUGUAACUAGCCUGAUUCUCACCGCGUACUCAUUUUUGGGCGUUGCAAGCCACCCACGCACAGCAUCGGAAACGGAAAUACUCUUUGCCUGGUAACAUCACUCUACGUAUUGCAAAUAGCGUUAGCUGUCCGUUUCGCAUGGAAAAAAUAUUUGUUUCAACUCAACCGAUACUCUUUUCUUGGUGUGGUGGGUGACGUUUCAGUCUUCUUUGAGAGAAUUGGUCUAAGGAUCUUGUGUGAAAAAAUGUGCCGCAACGUGCCCUGUUCUGGAACGCCGCGUUGAUGGGUGGUGUUGGCACCCCCAUAGAGUUCACCUUCAUGACCCGUGCCCCUGGGGACCU